CAGCAAUUCACUCGUAAUUUGCACUGUGACGAAUCGCGUUCAUCGCUAUUUGUUAACGCUGACAAGCCAAGAGCCAACCACCGCACUCGCUACUCAACUGCCUCGAGUGAGCCGAGCAUGCCGGGUAGAACCGAGGGGAUGUCGUGAUGGCAGAGAGGUCCCGGCGGCCGAGCUCCGAGCUCGGAUCAGACCCGGCUUCAUCACCGCCGCCAGCCAAGAAGCCCAGGACGACCUCCGGGGACUACGGAGAGUCCGGUGAAUCCUCGGUGGAACCCAAAUCACUCGGGGAACCGGGAACAACAACCCCGCCGCCGGUCACUUCGAGCGUCGGCAGCGAGCACACCGAGCCUCGAGGAGCCGAUCAGGCGGGAGGCCAGCCAGACGAACGGCCCUCGGCUCCGUCCCCAGUUCCCGGCCCUUCGGGCAUAACGGAGGCGGAGGAAGACGUGGUCGUCGUUCCUCUGCCACCCUUGUCUCUCUUGCCUAAAUCGGGCAGCGGGGAGACGAGCGCCGGGCAGCUGGAGCCCGGCAUCGCCGGAGCUUUCACGGUGCAGGCAUCGCUGAUGGGAGAGCUAACCCACUACCAGGAAUUGUCCCUUAUCGGGAACGGGGCCUACGGGACCGUCUACAAGGCGAAGGACCCCGCGAGCGGGCAGGUUGUCGCUCUGAAAAAGGUCCGCGUCCCGAUCACCGACGAUGGCCUACCGACCUCGACGCUGCGGGAAAUUGCCGCCCUCAAGCAGCUCGACCAAUUCGAGCACCCGCACAUCGUAAAACUUUUGGAUGUCUGUCAGGGCAGAUAUUUGGACCUGCCGACAGAGGACGAGCGAUCGGAAACGGUGAACCGAGGCUUAACGUUGUGGCUCGUAUUCGAACACGUCGAACGAGAUCUCGCCUCGUUCAUGGCAUCCUGCCCUCCGCCUGGUAUUCCGGGUAACAAGAUCAAGCAAAUGUCCAGGGAAAUACUCCUCGGCGUCGACUUCCUUCAUAGUCACAGGAUCGUUCAUCGUGACCUCAAGCCUCAGAAUUUGCUCGUCACGAGUCAAGGGAGAAUCAAAAUAGCUGACUUUGGUCUGGCCAAGAUUUAUGACUUCGAAAUGCGGCUCACUUCCGUGGUCGUAACGCUGUGGUAUCGGUCGCCGGAAGUACUUUUGGGAUGCGCGUACGCGACUCCGGUGGACAUUUGGUCAGUUGGGUGCAUCCUGGCCGAACUCAGCAGGCUUGAACCACUUUUUCCAGGAACGAGCGAAGGCGAUCAGCUAGACAGAAUAUUUCAAGUGAUUGGCACGCCGUCGCAGCAAGAAUGGCCGGAGGACGUCUCUUUGGGUUGGACAGCGUUUCCGCACCGACAGCCUGUUCCUCUCAGAUCUGUAAUUCCGGAUCUACCCGAUCCUGGUUUGGACUUGAUACAAAAAAUUCUCAAGUUCGACCAGCGUAGUCGUUUGACUGCCGCACAAGCGCUCAAUCAUCGAUACUUCACGGCAGAGAGUUCUUGAUGAUACGCGGUAAAAGGCUCGGUCAUUCCCUUCGCCGAAAUUGGCCAAGAUGUGAACGGGUUCUUUACACCGGGGGUAAAGAUUGUUUGGAUCGACAACGGCAUCUCUGUGGGCGGCAAAAAAAAUAUUCUAUUUGAGGUAUUGAAAUUUUUCUUGGGUCGACAAAAUAUUUUUUUCCGGCAACAAACGUUUAGCUGCCUCGAGUGAUACAUUUUCUUCGUUGCGGCAAAGUAACUAUCGUUGAUCCAAAUAAUCCUUCCUCACCGUGUAACUAUAGCUUAACUCUCAUAGCAUAGAACAAUAGCCUCAUAAGAAAGUUAUUAUCAUUCCAAGGGCACGGAAGCAUAGAGAAAUUAUUACGGACACCAUAAUAUACAAAUAGUAGUAUCAGUGAAAUGUAGAUUCUAUUAUCGAAUAUCAAGUAUCCAGGUUGAAACGGGUCUUGACCAGGGAUUCGCAAUUUUACGCGUCGUAGAACGCUCAAUUUUUAUCUCCGAAAUUUCAUUUGACAUGAUAGACAUGUUGGUUAGUAUUGUUUACUGUUUAGAGUAGCUUGUGAAGAAAUUUGGAGGCUCGAGUAGGUUUGUACUUUUCGAUCCUUGUGUUUUUUCCUUUCCCAUUGAAUUCUUUUCGGUUUUGCUACCGUCUUCUUAAUUUAGAAAAUAUACGUGUAAUACGCGAGUAUUUAAGAGAAACUGCGCUGAAGAGAAAAACGUUAUAGAUACCACUUAAAUAUUUGUUCAUCGCGGCUGGCGCUUGGUAAUGCGUUGAAAGAAACACUUGUUUGUAGUGUAGAACCCGUUUUAAGGUUGGCGCCUCGAGUUUGUCGUCUCAUGCGACGAAUCCUGGAAAGAUCCAAUUUGCACCCGAUUUGCGCCUAUAAAUCUACGGAAAGAGCUGAAAGAAGAGACGAACAAAGAGCGCGCAACGCUUUAUUCGCCUGGUCGCGUCCGCAAAGUACAAUUCGUAAAAUAUUCCUCAUGUUAAACUUAAUAACCUUAAGUAAGAUAUCUAUCUAGGUGUAGUAUACUAUAUAUACACACACAUUAUUUUGAGACUGGAGUCGUUACUGACUCGUUAGGACUAUAUCAGAGAUACCUGCGGGGAUCAUCCGUUAUACAAAAAGUACUGCCAUAAACGUUAAGAAUUAACGCUAAUUGUAAGUUAGAGAUUACUUAAGAUAAUUACGAGGUAACAACUGAACUUUGUGCUUUAUUGUAUGAUACACUUCACAAAUUACUUCAUACAUUCUUCUUCACGCACAUUAUAUAAACUGCGUACACAUACAUAGGUAUAAUAUGUCAUAUGAUUUAAUUGCGCAUAUUGUUAGGUAUAAACGUUGCUUCGGUAUAACGGAAUGUUGACAUUGGAUGAUUGUCGCAACUUUCUGCAUAAGAAGCACAAAUCAUAAGUCGAGCAUUGUCAGCAUAAACAAUAGAUAUGCUAGAAUACAGAAUCAAUAAAUAGACUUUAUACUUUUGUAUUUGAUACGGCU